AUGAAUAAAAUCUUAUCAAUACUUUUAUUAAGUAUUUUAAUUUUAUUUAUCCUAAGAGUGGAAUCAUAUCCAACAUAUGGUGGAUCAAAUUCAGCAAAUAUUAGAAGAGAGGACAGACAUUCAUUUAGAGCUCCAUUCUUACAAAGUGGUACUGGUAUUUUAUAUUGGGAUAUCGAAGGUUCAACAAUUGUAAAUGAUGAUUUCAUUCGUUUAACAUCGGACCAAAAAUCAUUACAUGGUGCAAUUUGGAAUACUGAACCAAUGGAACAACCAUGGUGGGAAGUUGUAUUUGAAUUUAGAGUACAUGGUGCAGGUAGAAUUGGUGCUGAUGGUAUCGCUCUUUGGUUAGUAGAUAGAAAAGAAGGUAAUUCUCAAGAUUUCUCAAUUUAUGGUUCUAAAAAUUUAUGGAAAGGUUUGGCUAUUAUUUUUGAUACUUUUGAUAAUGAUCAAAAUGGUGAUCAUCCAUUAAUUUCAGUAUUUUAUAAUGAUGGUACUAAAUUUUAUGAAACAGCAAAAGAUGGUAGUAAUAUGAAAUUAGGUAGUUGUUCAUCAAGAUAUAGAAAUGAUAAACAUAAUGCCAAAUCAAGAAUUAGAUAUUAUCAUGGUUUAUUGAGUGUUGAAAUCGAUCCAAAUGGAUCAGGUAUUUUCGAGAAAUGCGUUCAAGAUGUUCGUCUUGAUAUUCCAACACGUUAUACAUUUGGUGUUUCAGCUGCCACUGGUGGUUUAACUGAUAAUCAUGAUGUUUACUCUUUUGAUACCUUUAGUUUAGAUGCUUCAGUUUCAAAUCAAAAUACAAAUAAUUAUAAUAAUGUUCAAUUUGAAAGAGAAAGAUUAGAAAAACAAAGAUUAGAAUAUGAAUUACAACAAACUCAACAACAACAAACUCAACAACAACAACAACAACAACAACAACAACAACAAACUCAACAACAAACCCAACAAAAUAACCAAGAUAAAGAAUAUCAAGAAUUUUUACAAUAUAAAGCUCAACAACAACAACAAAAUAACUAUCAACAAACUCAAAAUGAUUUAAUUGAAAAAUUAAAUGAAAUUCAACAAGAACAACAACAAACUCAACCACCACAACAACAACAACAACAAACUCAACCUCCACAACAAAAAUUACAAGAUGAAAUUAAAAAUUUAUCAGAAAAAGAACAAAUUGGAUUUUUAGUUAAAAAGGUUGAUUCAUUAGUUGAAGCAAUUCAUUCAUUACAUGUAAUUUUAGAUGAUCCAGAUUAUAAAAAGAGUUUUGAUGGUUUAAGAGAUCAAGUUAAUGUAAUUAGUCAAGCAUUAGUUUCAUUAUCACAAGGUUCACUUAAAGUUAAAGAUUUUGAAAGUUUCCGUUCAACUUAUGAUCAAAAGCAAUCACAAUUCAUUAAAGACUUUUAUGAUUUCAAAUCAACAAUGCAAGAUCUUAAAGCAACCAUCAACAAUAGAUUCAAUAAUCAAGAUAAUGACGUCACCAAAUCAAUUGAAUCAGUUAAUAUGAAUUUAAAUUCUUUAAGAAAAUUAGUUGAAGCUUCAACUAGAGAUACUCAAAAAAUCUCUUCCAUCUUAAAUUCAAACGCUGAUGAAUUGGCAAACACAAUUCAAAAACAUAGUUCAUUUGGUUUUUGGACUUACUUUUUAUUCGUUCAAGCUAUCUUUAUCUUUGGUUUUGUUUUUUGGAGAAAAUAUAAAGAUGAUAAUAAUAAAAAAUUAAUUUAA